GGCCUGAGGGGGGGCCGCCAUGGCGGAGGCGGCGCGGCCGCGGGCGCUGUUCCUGGCCGGGCUGGCCGCCGUCUAUGUGGCCGCUUUCGGCUCCCUCUACGUGCAGAUCCCCGGCCUGUACGGCAGGGAGGGGAUCCUGCCGGCCCGCAAGGUGCUGCGGCUCAGCGGGAAGGGGCUGUGGGAGCAGCUCCGGGAUUCCCCCACCCUGCUGUGGCUCAGCCCACGGCUGGGGCUGGACACGGAGCAGGGCAUGGAGCUGCUGUGCCUGGUGGGCAUCCUGGCGUCCUUCGGAGCCCUGCUGUGCGAGUCCAUGCGGGACUGCCUGGUCUUCGCCCUGCUCCGGGUGCUCUACCUGUCCCUCUACCAGGUGGGACAGGUCUUCCUGUACUUCCAGUGGUGGGUUUGUGGGGGGCUCACAGCGCUGACGUACCACUACGAGACGCAGUGCAUCCCCACGCCGGGGGCCUGGCUCGCCCACCAGCUGCCCGUGUGGUUCCAGAAGCUCAGCGUGGUGGCCACCUACGUCAUCGAGGUGGCCGUGCCCGUGCUCUUCUUCGCGCCCCUGCGCCGCCUGCGCCUCUUCGCCUUCUACUGCCAGGUCCUGCUGCAGGUGCUCAUCAUCCUCACGGGUAACUACAACUUCUUCAACGCGCUCACCAUCGUCCUGGCCUUCUCCCUGCUGGACGAGGAGCACGUGGGGCGCUGGCUGGGGCGCCCCAAGAAGCGACAGGGCAGCGCCUGGCCCCCCAGCCUGGGCUCUGUGCUGGCCACGCUGCUGGAGCUCAACACCUACGGGCUCCUGCUCUACUGGACCGUGCAGUACUUCGGCCUGGAGAUCAACUGGGACAAGAAGCUGCUGGACUCCAAAGUGGCCUUCACCUACCACGAGUUCACGACGUGGCUGCGGACGGUGACGCUGCCGCUGGUGGGGGUGGCCUUCCUGUCCCUGUCCUGGGAGAUCCUGCUGGCCAUGUACCGCUGUGCCUGUGUCCGUGGAUGCUUCUGGAAGCUCUGGGCCACCCUCCAGUGGGCCAUCAUGGCCACGGCCACCGUCAGCUUGUUCGCCGUCAGCCUGGUGCCCUUCACCUACAUCGAGCACGAGUCCAACGGGAAGCUGUGGCCUGGCAUCCACCGGCUGUUCGGGGCGGUGGAGCGGUUCCAGGUGGUGAAUUCCUACGGGCUGUUCCGCAGGAUGACGGGGGUCGGGGGGCGGCCCGAGGUCGUGCUGGAGGGCAGCUACGACGGGCACAGCUGGACGGACAAGCCCCCCCCGCGGCGCCGGUCGGACGCGGCCCUGCCGUGGCUCCUGGGCUGGGUUCGGGGCCUGGCCCGGCCCUUCUCGGGCCCCGCCGUGCUCUGGACCCUCUACCUGGUGGCCGCCACCGUGGGGGUGCUGCGGGCCCUGGGCCCCCGGGCACGGGGGGGGCCGCCCCCCGCCCGCCACAAGGCCCGGGGGGAGCGGGGGGAGCGCAACGGGGUGCGGGGAGAGGGGCGGGGCCGGGCGGGGGGCGAGGGCCACGGGGAGGGGCGGCCCGGCCCCAAGAAGAAGAAGUAG